UGAUCGGCGGUCCAUGCUCGCCAUUUUGAGCGCAGCGUGAGAAAAAAGUGAGAUACUUUUUUUUUUUUACUGCCUGAGAGUAAAAAAAAACUGCGAAUCCCAAGCGACCUGGGGCCAAAGAUCAGUAGGAGCUGCUGCAUCAGUAUGGAGGACAGCAGUGGUGUUGCCAUUCUAGUUCCUUGCUCCAGGGAUCAUCAGGAAGUCUACAUCCCCGAUUCCCGCCUUCACGAUGAGGAAGAAGAGCAAGAGCAGCACAAGCAGGCUGCAGAUUCUCUCAUCCAGGUGAUCGAGAAGCUCAGUAAGAUAGUGGAGAAACGGCCCAGGCAAUGCACUCUGUCUGGGAAAAAGCGUCCCUCCAUGACCUGCGCCUCGGUAAUGGUGCCAGACAGCAGAGAGGGCAUUGGAGGGGUUUCCCCGUCCAAAAGAACCAGGGAGCAUGGAGAGGAUCUCAGCUGUGCAUCAAUUCCCGUCACAGAUAAAGAACUGAUUAACCAAAGUGCCAGCAUGGUUACCUGGUACCAGUGCAGCCUGUGUCGCUUUAUCUCUCCCACGCUAAGCGCUUUGAAAGAACACAUGAAGAGGCAUGAUGAGCAGCACAACGACCUUAUUUUCAUGUGCUCCGAGUGCUGUUUUACGUCCAAUCAUCAGAAGGAUGUAGAAACGCAUAUCAGGCUCCACUAUGAGGAGGGCGACUGCACCAAUAGAGCCUCUGCAGAGCAAAAGACUGGAUCGUUAAAAGGAAAUCUGCAGGGUACAAUGGGGUUCUCCGCCCUGAAAUCGGACUGUGAGUCGGAGAAAAUGCCAGGAGCCCCUAAGAAGUGGUACAGCUACGAGCAUGGUCGGUAUCACUGCCUGAUAUGCAGUUAUGAAUGCGGUCAACAGCGCAAUCUGAAAACCCAUGCCUGGAAACAUGCUGGUUUGGUAGACUGCUCAUACCCUAUAUUCGAAGAUGACACUGACCAGCAGGAGGCGUACCCUUUAUAUACCCUGAACAGCAACCUGUCCUUAGAGCAGUGUAAAAAGCAGGAGUCUAUUGUGGUUCUUGCACCUGUCCAAGAACAAGCUCAGGUUCUGCGCAGUGCUCCGUCCACUCAGCUGGAACUGUGUGCGUCGGCAAAGCAGAAAUGCGAGGGUGAAGGUGCGGAGGAGCUCGAAAACGUUUUCUCUGUUCAAGAAUCUCUGUCAGAGGAGCCUCCAGGAGAGGUUCAGGUGACUCCUGAGGCCCAGAUGGAGCUGGAGUUGGAGACUGAGAACCAGCAGACGAACACCGACAGCUUGUUGUCUUCAGUACAGAAAAUCAUCAGCUCCAGUGGCAACACCGCCGGCCACGUCAACGUUAUUGUAGAAAGACUGCCUUGCACUGAGGAACCUGUUGCUAGCAAGCCUCUGCUCCUCAGCCCGGAGGUUCCUGGAUACAAGACCAUACUCUCUUCCCAGGAAGUAGGAAUUGAGACCCAGUCUCACCCUAUGUACUGUGAGGAACAAGUUCUGAUUGACUGGAAUGACAGCGAUGAGCAUCAGGAAAUGGAAAUUCAAGAGUCUGAGUCACGUCCAGAUGAGAAUCUGCCUCCAGCCCGUAGGAGAACGCACUCGGAGUGCCUGAGAUUGCACUCGUUGGCGGCCGAAGCUCUUGUGGCUAUGCCACUGAGAGCUCCAGAGUUGAGCAAGUCCAGUAUUAAAGGCACUUCAAAUAUGAUCUCUGACACAGGCCAGAAAAUACUUGAUCUGUCUGCUGCGUCUGCUGUAUCCACCGUAAAGAUAGCUUCAACAGAGCUGGCGUCUGGGAUGCCCGGCUCAGCCGCCCUUAUAAACCUCAGCCAGGGUUCCAGAGACGAAUUCAUGUUGGAAGGUCCUUCGAAAGCUGGAAUUAGCAUGUCGUUACUGACAGUCAUUGAACGGCUCAGAGAAAGGUCAGACCAGAAUGCCUCAGAUGAAGACAUUCUGAAGGAGCUGCAGGACAAUCCGCAGAUUCUGAAUGGCAGUAUGCCGACAGGAGAGGCGGAUGCGGUGGAUGAUUGUUCCUCCACAGAAGCCGACCUGGUGGAGUACGUCGCCGGAAGUGAAAGGCCUUACCGCUGCCGUCUGUGCCUUUACAGCAGCGCCAACAAGGGCUACGUCAAACAGCACCUGCGUGUCCAUAGGCAGAAGCAGCCUUACCAGUGCCCCAUCUGCGAGCACAUUGCAUCUGACAGCAGCGAUCUGGAGAACCAUAUGAUUCACCACCGCAAGAGCCGCAUUUACCAGUGCAAGCACUGCAACGAGUUCUUUCACUAUAAGAGUCAGCUGAGGAACCACGAGAGAGAGCAACACGGGAUCAGUGACACGGCUGUGGCCCUCGCGCCCGUCUGUGAAUCCAAAGCGAAUGUGGAAGAGUCUGAAAAGACGACUGACGAGGAUAGUGUCAGUGAGCAGAAAGUGUAUAAAUGUGACAUGUGCGAAUAUACCAGCUCUACCUACGUUGGCGUGCGGAAUCAUCGCAGGAUUCACAGUUCUGACAAACCCUACAGGUGUUGCAGCUGCGACUUCGCUACCACCAACAUGAACAGCCUGAAGAGCCACAUGAAGAGACACCCACAGGAACACCAAGCCGUGCAGCUGCUCGAGCAGUACAGGUGCUCGCUCUGCGGAUACGUGUGCAGUCAUCCGCCGUCCCUCAAGUCCCAUAUGUGGAAACACGCCGGGGAUCAGAACUAUAACUACGAACAAGUGAACAAGGCGAUCAACGAGGCGAUCUCCCAAAGCAGCCGGUCUCCAGUUGUGCCUUCGAAACCAGGCCCAGAUCUAUCCACGGACCGUAUCAUCAUUCUGAGCCAAAAGGACAACUCGGCACCAUCGCCUCCUCCGGCCCCCAGAGCGCCGGGGGUACCGGCGAGAAAAGAUGGCAGCGGACUUCCCAGAGGGGGCACCGAGUACUGCGUACUGCUCUUCUGCUGCUGCGUGUGUGGCUUCGAGUCCACCAGCAAAGAACGGCUGAUGGAGCACAUGAAGGAGCACGACAUCAUCAGCAUCAUACUGAGCAAGGAGCAGCAGGGAAGCCAGGCUCCGGAAGCAGGCACGACGCAGUGAGCGAUUGGUGGAUGCCCGUACAGUACAAUAAAUCUCUUCAAAAAUUAGAGCCAGUACCGUUUUUGUAUAUAUUUUUUUUCCAUUGCACUUUUUUUCUUUUCUUUAAUGCUUUUUGAUAUACAGCUUCAAAGAUUCAGAGAAAUUCUUUUUUUUUUUUUUUUUUUUUAAGGUUUAAGAUUUCAUCUAAAACAAUAUGACUGAUAGAUAAAUAAAUAAUAUCCAAGUACAUAUUUUAACUGCGUAACAUCACAGGUGAAUUUUCUUUCAAUAUUUUAUACCUCAAAGUCUUCACUUCAACUUCAUGACAUGAUUAUAAUCGUCCACAGGGCAGCUUCUCUUUUUCACCAUUAGAUUAUUUAUCAGUAUUGUUUAUAUUGUGUAUACGGUUAAGGGAAAGUAAGAAAACGGUCGUAGGUGAAUUUCGUUUCCGUUCGUCUGUAUUUUUCUGUAAAUAUUUAUCACGCUUAUUUAUAUAUCUCGCCAUGCACCCUUCCGUUACGCUCGACGCCAGUCGGUUCUUUCUUCGGUGCUAUCGACACCCUUUUGCGGCUCACGAGGUGCUGAACGAGGCGUCAUAUCAGGAAUGUAUCUCACUCGACAGCCAGUCAGAAACGUGCAUUUAUCUGUGUUUAAAUACACAGUCACGAAACAUACUGAAAGACUUAAUUGUCCUAAUAGGAACAUCUAACUAAAUGCUUUAAGUUCUUCCUUUUCUAUUUAAACCAGUACAGAAACUCGACCUUUUUCUUUCUCUAUUUUUAAAUUUUUUUUUUAUUUAACAUUUUUUUUUCCUUCGUACUUUUAAAACUUAAGAUGCGAAGUUUUACAAUGAGCAGGUCACAAAGGAUUAUUUUAUAUCCAAACGGUUUCCACAGGAAAAAAAAAACAUUGACUGCUACCUCUGGUCAAAAAAAGUUUCCCAAAAAAAGAAAAAAUGAGUCUUAUAUUAGGGCUAAAUUUGCAUAUUUGUAUUGAUUUCGUGUCAACAGUUAUGCGAAGGAAAAAAAUGCAUGCAUAAUUCAUGCCGCUUUGAGAUCGCGUACGGGGGGGAAGAAAAGCGAAAGGAAGUUUGUUUUUUUUGUAAUACGGACGCUCCGAAUUACGAAUAUCUCAGCCUAAUUUAUAGAUAGACGAGCACGCAUCAGGAAGAUAAUGACUCCAUGCAUGUAAAGCAUGCAAUCACUGGAGCUCAUUGUGCAUUUUAAUCACAGUCGUUCGAGCUUUGCACACGAUGCUCGGAAAAAUCGCAGACGAUCUGGGAAUUGCUUUUUCCCAUUACUUACGUCGUAAAGGCGUGCGCGUUCGGUCGAGCGACGUCGAUGCGAUCGGAUUUGCAGGUUCCGAAUGAAAUUUGCUGUAUUGCGGUUCUGGUUAAUAAGCGAGCCGCUUGUUUAUCCGUGUAGACUUUUUUUUUGAAGAAGGUGGAGGAAGCAACAAAUAGUUUAGCUAGUUUUUGUAUGGCUUUUUCUGGAGAUAUAAGAAAUACAGUUUGUGGUUUGUUUGUGUAUUUGGCUUUAAUUCAUACCUACAGUUUUACAAUGCAUCAUGUAACUGAUUAAAACAACAACUCGGAAUCAUGGGUGCUCAGUCAGCUAUGUGCCUUCCAUUUUUACUCCCUUUUCAAGAUUACACCAAACAUUUAAGCCCUGUAACUGUUUUGUUUUUGUUUUUUUUGUGUGUGACUGGAUUAAGCUUUUACUGUAAAAUCUUGUUCUGACACAUAGUACUGAAGUUUGGCUUCUUUUUUUUAUUUUUUUUUUUAAGAAUUGCUAUUUUUAAGGUAACACUACAGGGAAGAAAAUGAAAAGAAAAAUAUACGGAGUAUCACCUAGCCAAAGCGUAUCACAAAAUCGUCCUCUUCUAGGAUUAUCCCCUGACUAACGGAAAGGUUAUCAUCAGAAGUUUGUACCGCUGCCAAAGGAGGACGAGGACAGUAGACUUUAAAGUUGUCUAUGCCUUUUUAGGACAAUUUUCUUUCUAGUUCACCUUCGGCGUGGUCGCACAAAAGGCCGCGUUUCACAAAUCUAGUGUUCCGUUCAAUUUAUUUAUUUACACUUCAUUGACUGUAAAAUGUUACGACUUGUAUUUUUGGUAUUAAAACACAAACGAUGACAUCAA